AUGGAUUGGACCCGGCCGCAACUGUUUCGCGGCGCUGCCAGGUCACUUUUCCCAGCAGAGUGGCGACUUUCCGCGAUCGGCGCAGCUUAUGCAGAUGUGCCAAUCACAGUUCAACGUCUUCCGACGAGGAUGACCCAACUUUCUCCGAAUGGGCCUCGCACGGAAACCAUGUCGGUCAAGAAUUACCUCAGCGGCAUGCAAGCAGCCUCUGCCGAUUCCUUGUUGUACUGGUCAAGCCAGGUUCUGUAUGAGCCCCCAUUCGAUAACUUGCUGAACGACUUCCGGCGCCCAGAUUUCUUGUCAACGGCUGAUGACUUCUUGACACGCUGGCGAAGCUUGCGAUAUCUUGCACCACCCUUGCUGCAAUUCAUUUUCUAUUUCCGUUGGCUCUUCAUUGGGCCAAAGAACAGCUACUCGCGACUGCAUGUGGAUCCCGUUGGUAGUGCUGCAUGGAAUGCAUGCUUGGAAGGUCAGAAAAGGUUUGUAUUCUUUGCUCCUGAGCUGCUCCACGACCUGCAUGCUGACCUGAGUGACCCUGAUCAUCUACGGCAUGUCUAUCCAGAAUACAUGAAAGAUGUCUCGGUUCUGCGCCACCCGUACACAGAGUUAAUCUUGGAGGCAGGUGAUGUUGUGUACGCACCUCCCAGAUGGCCUCAUUUUGUAGAGAACUUGGAGGCAUCGCUGUCUGUAACGGAGAACUUCGUGCGGUGUCACGCAGAUCAAUUCAGUCUUUUUGAUCAAGCUCUGGCUAGCUCAGAAGACAGUUCUGCACUGCUCCCUGUUCGGGAGAAGCGGCGACUGAAACGCUUCCGACGCAUUGUCACGUGGGCGGCAUCUUUUGACAAGAUUGCGUCACACACGUGGUGA